AUGGCCAACGCCACAGACACCGGUGCGGCGGCAGCAGCGGCGGCGGCCCUCCAGCAACUCCUCGAGUUACACGACGAUGCACAAGUCGUCGCAUACUGUGCUGUGGGCGCAUACUCGUGGUUCAUGCUCGACUUUAUUAUGGUGUUGCCCACCGAAAUCCGCUUCGUAUGGGCAACAAAGUGGAACUUGUCGAAACUGCUUUUUGCAUGGGUUCGCAUUUUCGGCCUUGUUCUCCUCACCGUUAACCUUGCUGUCACCAUGACCGGCGGACAUUCAGCGAAGGUUUGCGAGUUCUACUUUUUCUGGGAGGGAACAGCAGGCUCGCUCAUGCUGUACUCCGUUGAGGUCAUCCUGCAGCUCCGGAUAUACGCCAUGUACAACAAGAACAAGUGGCUCGCGAUGGUCAACGGCUUCUUCUUCUUCGCGGAGAUCACAGUCAUGCUAGUCGUGUACAACUACGGCAUCUCCGUCGGCACCACGCUGGCGACACCCGAGGGUCUGACCGGCUGCUACGGGAUCACGACCAGCUACCUGUUUUCCAUCUGGAUCCCCGGGCUGGUCUUCGAGAUGUGGCUCGUCCUGCUCGCUAUUUACAAGGCCAUCGAACGCUCCCGCUCCGGCGUUGUCGUCGACGGCCAGCGGCUCGACCUACUCGCGCUGCUCAUCCGCGACAACGUCAUCUAUUUCGUGGUCAUCGCUUUAGGCCUGCUCACCAACACCAUCAUGUGGCUCGCCGCUCCCGACGGGCUCGCCGCCUCCGCCGUCUCGAUGUCGCACGCGUCCAUGAUCGUCUCCGGCACCCGGCUGCUGCUCAACCUCUUCGAGGCGUUCCACCGCCGCGUGCGGCGCUCGCGCGGCGCGACGACGACCGGCGGCGCGUACGACAGCCGCGCGACCGAGGACGUGUCGACGCUCCCGACGUUCCGCGCCGCCAAGCGCGACCUCUCGUCCCGCCGCGCGGACUGGGCGGACACCACGGUGCUCACCGGCGUGGACCUGUCGGGCGCGACGGACUCGACGGGCACCGCGGACGCGCUGGACUUGGAGGUGGAGGGCGGCCCCGCCGGGCGCGAGGUGUACCGGCUGGAGCACUUGUACGGCCCGCGCGACGUCGUGAGCUUCAAGGGUCCGAGCGGUCGGGGUCAGGACUAGCGCACUGACUUGGGCUGGUUUGGGCUGGUUUGAUGGUUGUAUGUAUGCUCCGAUUCGGAUACGCGCUGACCACAUCCUUAUCCUUGUCACAUGUGUACUCUAUAAAUUAAUUUUGUACGAG